AUGAAUGUCAUGGAAAAUUUUAUUGGAACUGAUGAUAUUCGAACGGUUUUUAUUAUUGAAUGUGAAAAUGGAAAAUCUAUUCGAUUACAUUCAUAUUUUGAAGAAGAGAAUGAAAUAUUUCUUCUUCCUGGAACUUAUUUUCAAGUUAAGGGGAAAUGGAAAGCAGCAGACAACUUAUACAUGAUUGGGUUAACGGAAAAAUCACCACCUUAUGCUACGAUUACUCCACCUUUUGAUAAUUCUGUAACAUUGGCCAAAGAAUUGAUAGAUUCAAGUCUUGAUUCGUGCUCUUCAUCAGAAUGCACGUAUGAGUCCAGUAUCAUAUUCAACCGCCCAAAUUCAGAAUGA